GUCACUGACCCCCGCUCCGCCUCGUGCCACACCGACCGUUUCUGUCGGUUUGUCUGCUGCACGAGACGCGCGGCAUAUUGUCUCAUACGUGAAACCUGUCAGCAAAUGUUAGUAGUUAGCUUCGGUUCUGUAAGGAGCGGCGGUCCGCUCGUUGUUUAGAGAAGAACCGGAGAGACUGUUGUUACUUUUAAACAGCGGUGUCACAGCACCGCGAACCUCCCUGGUGACUCGCGCCUUUGUAACUAAAGUAAAUGACUGUGUGUUGCUGGUUUCUGCAGUCCAACUACUGACUCCCAUGGCUCCAGGAGCUGUCUGAUUCUGGAUCUGCUGAGCAGGAAUAGCACAGGCCCAGGCAGAGAGAGAUGAGCUGGGCUGAGGAGGACUGGACAGUGGGGCUGUCCGGACGGGUCCUGCAAAAGGUGAAGGAGCUGCAGGUCCAUCAGGAGCGACUGUCCAGGGAGAACAAGCAGAAACAGCUGCAGCUGGACAACAUCCAUACUAGCCUCGAAAAACAGACUGUGAAGUAUGAGGAGGUGCGUGGGGAGCUCCAGUCUGUCCAGAGAGAGCUCCAGAGCGUUCGAGAUGAGGCCAAGGCAGCAGUAACCAGCAGGGAGCGUCUAACCCAGGAGCUUCAGACUAAGCAGGCCCAAGUGUGUUCUUUCGAGGGCCAGCUAGAUGCUGCUCGCACCCUCAACAACAAACUCACCCAGGAAGUCAAAAGGCUGGAGGCAGAGCUGGAGAAGCUGCAGAACAGCAGCAGGUCAGCAGAUACCACUCUGUUUUCUACACCCUGCUGGAAUAUAACCUCGCCCUGGGAACAGAAUGGGAGCAGAAAGGAGGAGAGGCCAGGGCAUAGAGAUGAAGGACAGAGCAGGGUGCGCCACAACAGACAGCUGCAGUUCUCUGAAGGGGCUACGGCCUCGUUACCGCAACAACAACACAAGAACACACCCCACCGCCACCCGUCCGAACAAACGGACACCUUCUCCACCCCCUUGGCUGUGUUUCCGUGGGAACGGGAGGACACACGGCCAGCAGCCAGGAGACUCUCCCCGUCCUUUCCCCAGACGCCCUGUGCUGCUGUCAUCAGUCAAGGCCAGUCAGAGCAGAGGGUUUGUGGGAAGGAGAAUGUCCACAGGACAGAGACAGAGAUAUCUUUGUCAGAAAUGCGGAGUCGUGUGUCUGCUUUGGAGGAGGAGCUGCGUGCGAAGGCCGGGACGUUGAAGUCGAUUGAAAACGAAAUGGUGCAAAGCAAGAAGGAGCUCGCCGCCAGGGACCUCAGCAUUCAGAGAGCCCGUGACGAACUCACCCUGGCGCACACACGCAUGGCCCAGGAAAGUGAACGGACAUCGGGAGCUGAGCAAAGGCUGAAGCAACUACAAGAGGAGCUGAAGUGUCAGAGGCAAAAUACAGAGAGCAGCCGACUGCAACACCAGCAACGCUAUAAGGAGCUGGAGAAACAACAUCAGAGGGAUUUGACAGAGCUUCAGAAGGAGAGGCAGUGUCUGGAGAAGCAGCAUCAGCAGGAGGUGAAUAAACUCAACCAGGAGCUCCAGCAGGCCAGGACGCUCCACAAUGCCCUGCAGGCACAGGCUGACAAGCUGUCUCUACAGAAGCAGGCUUUGGACAAAGAGUUGGACACUCUGAAAGAGAAACUAAAGUGGAUGGAGGGACAGCUGCAGGAGAGCCAGAAGAAAGAGGCACAGACACAAGCCAAACUGACGGAAGCGAUGCGUGAGGUGGAGGGUGUGGCAGUGAGUCUGGAGCAGAGCAGGAAGAAAGAGCGAGCUCUGGAGGAGGAGGGGAGGAGACUGGCAGAGGAGCGAGCCGACGCCCUUCUUCUCCUCAAAGAACUGCAGGAGCAAAAAGCUGCCCCAGCAACAAUUUUACAACCUGUCCAGUUUUGCCCUGUUGGACAGAGUUUCUCCCCUCAGCCUUCUUACUCCCUUCAGUCUCGGCCGUCAAAUCACAUAAAGAGGCCUACCUCUGCCACCUUAGCCGAGCAGAAGAGGGAAGAGGAAGAGGACGUGAACAAGCAAAGAGCAGAGACAACGGCAUCUUACCCCUCUGAUAGAGAGCCAGGAGAAGGCAUCGACUCUGAACACAUCACUGACCUUAUCAUCCCAGACUCUGAGAGUUUACAAAGGGGAGGGCAUAGAAGAAAAAGUACAGAGGAAGAGAACAAGAGUAGAAAUGAGGCGAUAGAGUGGGACAGCUCUGGGAGAAACAAACACUCCACAUUUGAUCAUGUACUCUCUAGUUCCUCUGUGGAUGGUGAUGCUUGCAGUGUGAUGCUUUCUCCUGAAAAGACACCUUCUCUUAAGUCCGAGCAGGCCAAGGCCUCUGAAGACCUCAAGAGGGAGAAUGCCUCACUGCGUUCAGAGCUACAUGACGUGCGCGAAGAACUGCAGAAACGUCUUGAGGACCUGGAAACCCAGCGGCGGGCCGAGGCAGAAGCCAGGACCCGGCUCAAACAGCUCAACCGUAAACAUGCCGGCCAGGCUGUGGAGAUGGAGCAGCAGGACAAGGAAUGGAGGGCACAGCUGGAGUGUGAGAGGGCUGAAACGGAGAGGCUACGGAAGGCCAUGGCUGCUUUGGAGACAGAGAUGGAGAGAGGAAGGGGGGAAAGAGAAAAGACUGAGAGAGAGAGGCAGGAGGAGGAGAAAAACAAAGCGCUAGAAGACCGGGAGAGUGAAAUGAUAGAGCUUAAUUUCCAGCUAAAGAAACAGCUAGCGGGGUUGAAGGCCCAGCUGGCUUUAGAGCGAGAAGAGAGAAAGAGAGAGGAUGAGGAGAGGAACCAAAUAACAAACGCAGACAUAGAUGUAAAGAAGGAGCUGGGCACAAAACUGGAAGCACUUCAAGCUGAAUUGGAAGAACUAAAGCGCAGCAAAAACAAAGAGUCACUGGAAGAGGAGAAACUUUUGGUUGCCAACAGCCCGCUGACAUAUCUGACUCUCCAUGAUGAUGUGCUCAACUCCAACAUGAUUCACUGCGACAACAAGCUCCUCUCUUCGCCAGAGCAGCACCUCCUCUUCUGUCAGUCCACCAACCAACGCAACAUGCUUGUAUCUCAGGCAACAGCAGAUCUCAUCCAGGAAGAUGAAAUAGUGAUGGAUCCUGAAAGCUUGCUGCAGUUAGAUGAGGGGCAAAAAGGUCGAGUGGCGUCUGACCGGGAAGACACCAGACAAAACUAUCUGGCCGGGUCUUCCCUGGAAGACACCAGAAAGGCACUUUUGGACCUCCAGAAAGGUGAGCCCGCACCCUCAGAAUUCAUGAAAGAGAUGGAGGGUCUGCAGAAAGAGAAUGCAAAGGAGACGGAACGUGCUAACGAGUACCAGGUUAAACUGGAGACCCUGCAGAGCCAGGUGACACGUCAGACAAAACAGCUAACCAUGGCCUUUGAGAAGCAGAGUCUGCACAUCUCUGGCCUUUUAGCUGAGCUGCAAGAGAAGGAGAGUGCCCUCCUCAGCCAGGGACAGGAACUGCAGCUCUACAAGCAAGAACUGGAUGCACUAAAAGCCCAAAAAGAGGGAGAGGAGAAGAAAAGAGGAGAGGAGAUGAAGGUAGAGGUUGGGCAACAGACAGAAAAGACACAAGAUGAGAGGUCGGUGGAGAUCUCAGGGCUUCAGCCAAACCAGGAAGAGGAUUUUGCUGUCACAUUCUUCACUAAAAACUCACUGGAAGACAGUGACUCUAAUGCACAGAGAGAUGCAAGUUACCCGGAGAUUGUGAUUUCUGAAAGAGCAACAUUGAUUAGUGACAACGAAGCACUACGUUUAGGGGAACAGCAUCCAGACUCUGUAGACUCAGACAAGACUAACCAUGACUCUGCUUGUGUGAUGGGAGAGACUGAGUGUGGUCAAGAUGGAGGAACAACAGAUAUGGCUGCAGAACUGCUCGCUCUCCGGCAGGAGAAUCAGCUGCUGAAACAAAGAAUAGAGGGCUUGACUGUCUCAGACACCAGCAAUCCAGCGUUACACACUGACGGUGAAAACCAAGGAAACCCAGUCAAGCAAAGCCAAAAGGAAGCCACAGGAGAUGCUGUCCUGUCCUUCUUGGUGGUGCAGAGUUCACCUAGUGUGCCGAAUGACAUCACCCCUGAGGCACAACAAGGAGUGAAGAGUAGUGAAGAUGAAGGAGGAGAUUUAGAAAGGGAAGAUGGGAGGACUAUGAGAGAUGAAGAUGAGCUGGAUGCAGUGUCUGAGCUUCAGAUCAACCGCCUACAGAAACAGGUGGUGGAGCUGCACAUGAGGGUACGGGCUCUGUCUGAGGAGACCCAGCAACAGGCAGAGGAGCUCGCUGUGUGGAGACUGGCCUCCCAACCAGCCACAACAUUUGACCAGUUCCUUCCCAACAAGGACAAUCAGUCUGAGACCCAGGACCAGAUAUAUGCCGUGAUACAGUCCCAGUUAAACCAGCCGCAGACUGAUGAGUUGACCCACAUCCUGCCAGGGACCCAGGUUCAGCCGCCUUACCAGGGUGUUCAGGAGAGCCCUGGUAAUGUGACAUGUGUCAUCAGAGAAGAUGAGUUACUCCUCUCCUGCUCCUCCAACAAACUGCAGGGCCGCAUGUUGUUCUCCAGACUGCAGAACAACAACUGUCCUGAACCAAAGAGUCUUAAUUCCUUUAAAAAGACUGCAGAACUUCAGGAAGACACUCAGGACACUGCCAAGAUUGACAGGGAAUGUGAAAAAGAAAACCAGGAGAUAAACGUCUUACAUCAGUCAGAUACCUGUCAAACACAACACAAGAAGAAGAGAGACACUGAAGUUAUCCAGAUGUCAUCUGAGAAAACGGGUCAACAGUAUGUCACCAAAGAUUCACAUAAAGUCUCAGGACCAAAGCAAACCAAAACAGUAGCGUGUUACGUGGAGAAUCCUGAAGGCAAACCAGAUGUGUCCAGAGCAACCAGUGAAAUAAACAUAACCAAUGAUUCAGACAGAGAAGUCAGGACAGAAAUGAAAAAUAUCAGCAGUCAAACUGAAGAGAGUAUAUAUCCUUGCAGUGCUCCAGCAGCAAAAGAACUCCACUGUGCCUCCACACAGACUGAGGAGGAGGAGAAGGAAGAAGAUGAAAAUGAAGACUUAGUGGAAUCCCCUCCUGUCUCUCCUGGCCCAUUAUCUAAGGGGGCAGAGUUGGGAGAUAAAAUGUUUUCAGUUUCCUUCCCCAUCCCAGCUGACCCUGCCAGUCUGGCUGCAAGAAUCCGCCGUAACAGGACGCAGCUGUCAGCCGCCUUUGAUGACACAGAGUAUGAACCCUAUGGACUGCCGGAAGUCGUCAUGAAAGGUUUUGCGGACAUCCCCAGUGGCCCCUCAUGUCCCUACAUUGUGAGACGAGGUUUGUUAGGGACAGCUGUUGUACCUGGCCCUCAGAAAGAACCCGCAAAGGAGGAGGAGACAGAUUAAAACACAACUACAGGUCUGGUGGAAAGAAGUGAUCGCUAUGGCUUGACAAUGAACCUCAGUGGUGGACGACAGCAGCUAUACACCAGCAACCUGAAGCACUUCAAAUUAACACCGCACCAGUUAAAAAAGUGCUUCAAUCACUAAUGGACUUCUGUAUGUGUGUGCAGGUAACUGGGCCUGUACUGGCAGAAUCAACAUUUCCACUGUGGAUCUAAAAUGUCUUAAUGGUCACUAGUUUAUCCUCUAAUUGCUGUGUGGAGACAAUGCUGUCCAUCACAGUGCUGUUACUUAACACCCACUUGUGUAUUUUGGUACAGAAGUAGUGAUUUAGUGAUUUUUCUUGAAGUUAAAACACUUUACCAAAGGGAGUGUUUAGUUUUUAGUAACUUAAGGCUCUAGCCUUGUUUGAAUGACAACAGUGCCUAGAUGCUUUUCUAAACACACACUUGUCAAGAUAAGUUUGACUUGUUUUUCAAAAGGGUGAAUCCAAGAGAGGCUUGCUAUGAAAAUGUGAAACAUACAUAUUUUUCUUCUUUUUAAUUCUCGAGGUGGCUUAUUUAUGGACACUUGAAUGCGUUACAGUAGAGGGCAGGUGUUUACAAAAAGUGUGUGAAAGCAUAGUGAAUGUGUGUGUGUGAGAUGCUAGCUGGGAAUGUGUGUGUGUGAGAUGCUAGCUGGGAAUGUGUGUGUGUGUGUGUGUGUGUGUGUGAGAGGGAGAGAGAGAGAGAGAGGGGGAGAGUGAGGGGCAAGCUCAUGUCUAUGACUCGGUCUAACCUGCGUUGAUUUCCGCUCCAUGUAUGGUGAUACACACUGCUCUCCCUCUCUCCUCCUCCUGUCGCUUUGCUUCUCUGUCUUACACUAGCGAGUGCUCGGUGGGCGGCUCUGAAUUAACCAGAAACUGACAUUUAAAGAUUUAUUUUAUUAGCAGAGCAUACAGAUGAAUUUAGUUGGUUUCUUAUGUUUGAUCAGAUAUUAUUUAUUUGAUUGGUGUAACUGUUUUUGAUCGAUUUUGUUUCUUGCACAUUUGUUGCUGUGCCAUAGAUGACCGUAGCCCACAUGUAUGUACUCUGUAGAAUUUGUAGAUAUGUUUUGAGUUGAUGUACAGUUUGUAUUAUGCCCUAUUAAAGAGGAUGUCACCACUUUGCUUGUUUACAAGAUUAAGUUAAAGGAGAGGUUCACAUUUUGUUCAAGUGUAUCUUAAAACUGUACUCACAUGCCAACAUGUACAUUGAAGGAGUUACUGGUUGUCAUAAAUGUUUCUUAUGUCAAUGCUGACUGCAAAGAGAUCGUUUUCCAAAUCAAUAUAAAUAUAAGAGAUGGGGACAAAAUCCACAGUACUCAUUCAGUGUAAAAAUACACAAAAAAUCACAAUAGCUCCUGGUGGCUUUCUCUAGCUUAGCUUGGGCGCUAGCGGGACAAUAGUUUUUUUCAGAUGAUGUAUUUGUACCAUUGACUCUUGUCUUAUAACUGUCUGCAAACCAUUCCUCUCUUGUAAAGCAGUCAAUACUCCGACAGCUAAUAAGGCGCUAUAGCUUCCUCCAACUCGAAAAGUUUACUUUGCCACUGCGAGCAAAUCUACUAAUCACAGCGAUCCCAUUUAAAUCCUGUUGUGACCAGCCACCCACAUCAAGUGUGUAUCUUCCAAAGUUACAUUCUUUAAAGUAUAGUCUUUAUAAAGUGUUUCCCCGUAGUAACAAAAAGAGAGAAUUUCAUGCUGAAAGUCUGUAACUUUGGAAGACACCUGGAUGAUUUGUCUUAUCCUAACUCAUACUGAUGAAGCCUCAUAUUAGCUUCAGGUGUGUGUACACUGAAAUUGCUUUAAGAAAGGUUUUCUUUGUGGCCAGCAUAGACAUGAGGAACAAUAAAAACGACCAUUGUUUCAACAUACGCAUUGGCAUGUGAGUACUGUUUUAAGACAGACUUGACAAAAUAUGAAUCCUUGCUGAGCUCUCUUUCAGUGACGAGAUUAUUUAGGUGGAUGGUUUUUGACUUUUUUUUUUAAAAAGUGUGGAGUGAUUUAUUUUAUUUAAUGUAUAUUAUUUUAUUUGGAGGUAGAGUCAUUCCCUCCUGGCCUCGGCUUGUUGACUCAAGUCAGAACAUUGUGUUACUGCACUGACUAUGCCAUUGCCAUUCGUUUGCCCCGUUGUCUGUCUCUCACUCUCUCACUCUCUCACUCACUCACUCACUCUCACUCUCUCACUCUCUCUCUCUCUCUCACUCUCUCACUCUCUCUCACACUCUCACUCACAGCUGCCUUCAUAUCUCUGGGAUCUGUAGUCUUUUGGCAGUGAAGUGGGAUUGUCGGACUCUGAGCGGGGAAGCUCACUGUGUAUUUGUUGCCUUGUUUUUGACACUUUCAUGUAAAUGUAUCUGAGUGGUGUUUAGAAUAAAAGGCUUUCUCUUAAUUUAA